UUUUUCUCUGUUCGCAUUUCUUUUUUUUAAAUGACCCUUCUUGCUCACCGUCGUCAGCUAGCUGUGUUUCGUAACAUGUCAAACAUGGGGGCACGGGUUUCGCGUAUGUUCCGAAAUUUCAACCUGGAGAACCGUGUUCACCGAGAAAUCUCCAAGGAGAAGCCGCGAGCAGCACCCCGCCACGAGGCCGACCUGUCGCGCUCCUCCGGCGGCUCUGAAGCCGCGGAGACAGCGGAGUUGGUGAGCCAGAAGAACGCCCCGCUGCUGGGCCUCCUGCGCUCCGUGUAUGUGGAGUCCAAGGACCCUGCAGCAGCAGAGGCAUCACAGGAGGUGAGCGUGGAGACAGAAGGUGCGCGGCGGCCGCUCAGGUUCAGUUUGCCGGGGGGGCAGUACGGCCUGGUGGAGCUGUCAGACGUUCCUAGAGGGAAGCUGACCAUCGCUGAGACCCUGAAGGCCCUGGGCAGCCACCAGAGCCAGCCUCAGACCUGGACCCCGGGAAAGAUCGCUCAGGAAUAUUCUCUGGACCUGAAGGACACAAAGGCUCUCCUGGAGUUCUUCAUCCCCUUCCAGGUUCACAUCAUACCCCCCAAGACUCAGAGUGCCAAGCAAAUAAAGGCUUCCUAAGACUGGAUUGUAGGUGAAAGGAAGCUCAUCUAAAUCCCAGAGACUUCAGAGCAUCUAACCCCCCCCACCCCCCCUGUUAGGAGAGACGCCAUCCUGUGCAAGACUGAACCUCAGUGCUGUCCCUGACAUGAUACUCCUGCUGCACAGGUCAGAGGCCAUGUGAGAGCAUCCUGAUAUUAGCUUCUCCUCAGCUGUAAACACAAAUACAUUGAAGCACAGAAAGUAUUGCAUUUGGUCUUUGUUCCCAGCAGACAUUUGGACUGUCAUAGCAGGAAAAGCAUGGGUGUUACCAACAACAUUUAUAAGGGCUGUUGUGUAUUAGCGUGUUCCAGUAAGCUGUGACUGACGCUUCUGAAGGGAAACCGGCCCUCACUGAUCCUAGUGUUUACUCCGGUGCUCUUCUGUCAACUGUCCAAAUGUCCUCUGGGGAAAGGCUGGAUUUCAAAUGUUCUGCCCAGCUCAUCACAUCAUGAUCAUCAGAUUGAAUAAAACAUAUUUGGGUUUCAGUCAAAUAAAAGCAUAUAUAAAAUUAUUUGAGUGGGAUAAUAAAUGAAUAAUUGCAAUAUUAACCGUUGUAAGAAACAUAAGAACAUAAUUAUGUCUAAGAGAAAUGUUAAUGUUGGACAGAUUGGAAUAUGAUUUAAAUUAAAACCAGUGUUUUAGUAAAGUUCUGAAUAUUAAAAGUUCACUAUCCUACGGAUAUGUUAUUCUGUUAAGAUGUUGGGAUUCUGCAAAUGUUGAAACCGUGAAAAUGUGUUUUUUCUCAUGAUUAAAUGCCGUGUUAAAGCAUAAGGCCUACUUUUGAAUCAUCAAGUCUGUUGUGGACCAGUCGAGAUGCAAUCCGGUUCAAAAGGACGAGCCCUGUCAUUUACUUUCAAUAAACCCUCGGUCAAGUGUCACCGGCCUCUCAGGAGCACAUUGGGUCUUCCCCUAAGGGUUGGAUCUCUAUGAAACACGAGUCAUGUAAUGAGUCCGAACUAAGAUGUGUUGCAGACUCUGAGGCCUAGUGGAGUGGUACACUGGAUACACGAGCAGUAAAGUGGUACACUGGAUACACGAGCAGUAAAGUGGUACACUGGAUACACGAGCAGUAAAGUGGUACACUGGAUACACGAGCAGUAAAGUGGUACACUGGAUACACGAGCACUAAAGUGGUACACUGGAUACACGAGCGCUAUAACCUCUGCAGCUUGAACACAUGUAGAAUGUUGUGAUGUGAAACAGCAGAUUCAUGCUGACUGCACAAUUACAGGAACAAUGGAUAUAAGAGUUUGAUCAACCCAGUUUAUGAUCAUCAUUCAAAUAUUAUUAUUUGUGUUUGUUUCUUAAACAGCUGAAUAUUAGAGCAGUUCUGUUUCACUGGCUGGUGUGCUGCGUCAAGCAUGUAUUCAUGUUUUUAAUGAUUUGCAGCAUCCUAAAGUGAAUGUACACAGACCUUCUGAAAAUAAAUGAUUGUUGUGUUUAUGUUA